CAUAACAUUUCUUUGUAAACAUUGAAACGGAGUUAACGUUUAUACAUAGCUGUUAUGGAUAUGAAUAGACCCUAAAAGAAAAAAAAUGGCAACAUAUAAGCAUGAUCCAAAAACUGAAGAUGUAUUAGAUUCAAGUGAAGAUGAGGAGGACAAUUCCAGUAGGUUUGCUUCAGUGGACAUAUGUCUUCAGUGCGUUCAAAUGAAACUAGCAGACCGUCAAUUUCAAGUUUCUUCACUGUCAAUGGUUCUAAUGAUAAAGAAAGCAAUGUUUACAGUGAAAUAGAAGAUGCUGAUGCUAUUGAUAAAACAGAUCAUCAGCCUUUCAUUGGUCACGUAAAUAGAACGGAGGUGGAUAUAAUUAAAGAGAAAAAAUGAAAAACUAUUUCUGCAGAACCUGCAGAUACGGACGUCAAUAUAUGUGUUAUGUUUGUCUUGAAGGUCACGACGAUUGGAUUGAUGGCCAUGAUGUUGUCAUAUUAUCGGUGGAUAUUGAAGGAAAUUUGGGCCAACAGCCCGAAGAGUUAGAUAAAUUAGGAAUGAGCAAAGAAGCAAAGUUCAACAAUCAUAGGACGUCAAAAUUCUCUCGACAACCUUUAAAUGUUGACAGUGAUGAACAUGAUGAUGAGAACGAAGGACAGAAUACUGAAAAUGCAAUGCCUCCCUAUAAAGAGGGUCAAGCUAUCAGCAAGAGAUUUUACAAGGACGAGUUAUAUCCAAGCAUAGCACACGAGCUCAGAACAAAGCAGCGUUGUAGAACUGACGGUCAUCUUCAAAAGUACGGAAUGUACUCGAUACGAACGAGUUCUGAUACAAAGACAUGUGCUAUUACAGGGAUAGUUCAGCUUAAGAAUGAAAAGAUGUUACUAGCUGACUCUGAAAACUGUAAUCUUAAAAUUCUGAAUGAAGAAACUUUUAAGAUUAUUGUUUCUCGUGAACUACCUAGUAAUCCAUACUUAAUGUCCUUCGCUAAAGAAAACAAGGUUAUCAUCGCAUGUAUAAACUCCGAGUUUUACUUAGUCGAUUUCGCGGACGACAAAGACAUUCAGAAAUUGUUUGAAAUCAAACAUUUGUUUAAAUGUAUUGCUUUUGCUAGAGAUGAAGUAUGGGGAUGCACUUCUGACACAAUUGAGGUAUAUAGCCUUACAGGCGCAGAAAUCUCAAAGUUUAAACCAACAGGUGUUACCAAUAUUGAGGACAUGUGUGUAAGCAAAGAAGGAGACAUUAUUUACUGUGCUGACGAGAAGAAAGGUAUAGUUGCUAUUAACAAACAUGGAACUGUUGUAGAUAUCAUAUCGGAAAAUUUAUGUAAACCUCAUCGAGUGUGUCUUAGUCCAGAAGGCUACAUUUUUGUGACCGAGAAAAAUACUGACAGAGUAAUGAAAGUGGAUAUACAGCGAAAGGAUGCGAUACAAAUUGGACGAGAAGAUGUGUAUACAAACAACAGCCCUAUUUCUUUGUGUCAUGAGAAGACAAACAAUAGACUUAUAGUUGCUUUGUGGCAAAGUGACAAAAUUCAUGUUUAUACUUGCCCAUGAUAUAUUUGAAGGAUUGACAGUAUAGACAAUAUCUAAAGAUAUAAAUAUAUUUAAAUAUAAUAACAAAAGCUAACACUUCCUUGUUUAUUUCUAUAUGUUUAAAAGUAUUUGAGGCGAAAGAAGUAUUUUAGAUAAUCCAAGAUUGGAAACUUAAUGUAUAUUUAACAUUGAUUGUUUAAUAUAUAAUUCACUUGCUUUUUGUGACUUCACAUUAUAAGAGUUUGAGAAAAAAAUAUUUGUAAAAUGUAAAAUGUCGAUUAAUAUGUAAUAUGCAGUACAAAAUUCUUUUAAGCUCCUUCUCGAUGUUUUUAGUUCAGCAAGUACUAUUUAAUCUGUUUAAAUUUAGCUAAUACAUGUAUCUGUUUUUAAAGUGUAACGAAUUAACGAGUCAACAAAGACUACUUUGGAAUGUAUUCAGACUUUAUUGAGGUUCAAUGUGUUAUCAAACUACCAUUCUGUUAAUCAUGUGUCUGUUUAACAUUUCGUAAAGUAGAUAUAAUAGUCAUUGUAACCUUAUGUAUAAUUGAUAAAGUUUAUCAUAUUUGUUUGC